AUGGCUUUAGUUAAUAUUCGUUGUAUUCCUGAUAAUCACUAUGGAAUCAUUGGUGUAGUAAAUAAUAAGCGAGCUCGGAUAGAAAUUGAGACAAAAGCAAAUGAACAAAAUGCUGAAGCAACCAAACGAAAUCCAAUCAACCUCGUAUUAGUACUUGAUCGCAGUGGUUCAAUGGCAUCAAAUAAUAAACUAGAAUUUGCAAAAACCGCCGUAAUCUCCGUACUUAAUUUGCUUCAUGAUGAUGAUGUUGUCCAUCUGGUUACCUAUGACGAUGAUGUCUGGAACGUCUUUGAAAAUGCACGUGCAUCAGCUCGUCAAGCUCUUUAUUCGGCAGUGAAAGGUAUUAAGACAGGUGGUCAAACUAAUUUAUCUGGUGGCAUGGAAAUGGGUGCCAAUCUUCUUGAAAAAUAUACAUAUCCUGAAUAUUCCAAACGUAUGUUCGUCUUAUCAGAUGGUUUAGCUAAUGUCGGCUUAAGAACAAAAGAAGAAAUUAUGAGCGUUGUUACGCUAUAUAGAGAAAAAGGGAUUAUAACUGAUUCGUUUGGUGUUGGAGAAGAUUUUGAUGAGGCAAUUAUGAAAGGUAUCGCUGAAGCUGGAUGUGGUCAAUUCUUUUUCCUUGAAUCAGCUGAAACCACUGUAACAUUGAUGACAAGAGCGCUUCAAAGCGUUUUUGAUGUUUGUGGAACACAAGCUCAAUUAAUUAUCCGCGGUUGUAAUAAUGCAAUUGUCACAAAAAUAUGGGGUCACGAAAACAUUGCGCUUGGUGCAAAUCUCGGAGAUCUUCAUACCGAUAAUCUUCGUCUUAUUCUUUGUGAUUUUACGGUUUCUGCAACCUUGCCUGAAGGCACAGAAGUUGAAGUUCUCAACUAUCAGUUGAAGUACAAUCAGCCUGGUGAUGCCGAAGGAGAACCAUUGACAGUGACUGGUAAAUUGUCAGUGACAUUCACUAAUGAUGAAUCAUUCAUCCAACAAAUCGAUCCAAAAGUAAAAACUUUGCAUGCCGUUCAAGUUGCUGCAGAAAUGGAUGACAGAAUCGUUCUAUUGAUAGAAAGUAAUAAAAGGGACGACGCCAUUGCACUUAUUACUGAGCAGAUUAAUCUACUUAGACAAGUCGAACAUUUGGACGACGAGAAAGGUAUGAUUGCGAUGUUAGUUCGAAUGGCAGAAAGCAUGGAGAAACGAUUGAAAGAGCAAGCAGUUAGUGCAAAAACUGCUUCUAAAUACUAUGGUCACCAUGGUCAUAUGAAAAAAUGUCAUGACUACAAAUACACUCAUCACUACGCAGAUGAUGAUUAG